AGACGGGCGUCAAACAGAUGGUUGAUUUAUUGGAGAAUGCCUAUAGAUAUAUUCACUGUUUGUGUUUUCAACUACUGUUUUAUGUGUUGCAACUCUUGUGAGUUUCGUUUCCUCUGUCUUUGGUGUAUUUGCCAUGUGCAUGCUCUAUCAAAUCUUGGAUUAUUGGUGUGGGCACACUUCUUAUAGGAAUAGUGCUGGUAAAGAACGGCGGAUGAUCAAAUGGUGUGGAUUCAUUUGUAGAACCAGCAGUCAACGGAUAUCUCGUCUAACCGAAGAGAUGUUGCCUCAUGCCCUACACGCUUAAACAGUUGAGGACUGUGUAAUAUGCAGUGCAUAUCAUGCAGUUUCAGCGUUGCCCACACUUACACGGUCGGAGUGUGAGAGAAAAGUCGAGGUAGAGGGAGGCGCCGUGUGUGCUGCUGUUAUAGCCAAGGGAGAGUAAUUGGGAUUUUGCUCGACCGCUACCACCGUGGUUUUUGUGUGGACCUCUAUGAUUCGCAAUGGGGACUGUGCUCGUUUAAACGUUCUUCAUUAAGUUUUACACUCUGUUUCUUUCUUUUCUUGGUCAACGGGUGCCCUAGUAGCAUGCGAGGCGCGGUUCUUGGACGUCUCUGCGCUAGCAAUCCUCACACAUUUCUGGAUUUAUUGUCAUCUGCGAAACUUCCAAAUGCGGAGCGGGUAAGACAGGCUCUUCGUAUGUGUGGCCCUCUCAAUACUGAGUGGGAUACAUCGAGCGUAUGUGGAGACAAUGAACGCAGACGAUAUACAGCGUAGUCAAGACUCCCAUUAAGGUGUGGCCUUAAGAGGGAGGCGCUGGAAACAUGAGAACUCAGAAGACUCAAGGCCAAACUCCUUCUGUGCCUUCCCAUCAGCGCCUGCCACACUUCAGUCUGUGCUCACGAAAAAAGAAGGAGGGCGUAAUCCAGGGCAAACUGCGCAUUCGCUCCAUCCCAGGGGCAUUCUUGGUGCUUGGCAUGGUGGUUGUGAUUGUUGGCACAGCACUGGCAGUGGCAGGGUACUGGCCAUACCGAGUGCAGCGGUCAGCACUGGGCGCUGUCAGUGACAGUCUCCCUGGCACCUCUCAGGCAUCUGGAUGGGGACUGGGAGCUAAAGGGCUGUUCUCCACAGCCAGCCUGAUCCACAGUGAGAGGAUGAAACUCCUUGGUCCUGUGAUUAUGGGAGUGGGUCUCUUCAUUCUCAUUUGUGCUAAUACAGUACUGUUUGAGAACCGAGACAGGGAGACUCAGAUGCUUCUGGCUCAGAUGCGGAGCGUUAUCUGUUCCGUGUCCACUGCUGUGCCUACAGCGGACUUCACACAGGUCAACACCCUGGCCAGGCACUACCAGUGGGUCAGCAGCUUGCCUACAGCCCAUCUGAACAUCCUAUGCCUUCAGGAGCUGGCCUCCUCUGAACCACUGCUGCAGGUCAAAAUCACAGAAGAGGAAGGAGGUUCGCAGCAGAGAGCAAUUCUGCGCACUGAGGUCCUUCAUCACCAAGAGUCUUCCUCCACCCCCUCUAUACAUUCUUCCAAUUCCUGCAACUCCAGCAAAGUGGACUUCAACACCAUUACUGAUGCAGAACAGGGUGUCAGCUGUGGCCAGCAGCCACAGCCAGAAAUCCACUGCAAGCUUAGCAUCUGCCUGACUGCAAGCUCUAUGUCCACUCUGGAGGGGGAGGACUGGGAGUUAAGCAUUCUUCCCCCCAGACGCUCACACAGUGUGAACUACAGGACUAAACCACACUCACUGCCUACAGCUCUGAUCCUUGAGGACAGGGCUGAGCAAUCUACAGAUAACCCCAGAGAGCUUCAGCGACAGUCCAGCUCAAACAUUUGUGUGAAUAUGACAAGGGUUGGCACAGUGACCCUUGACCUUGCACACAUGGAGGAGCAGAAGCAUCGCAGUUGGCCUCGACUCGAUCUUGGAUAUACCAGGAGGUAUCUCAAACUAGAAAACAAGGAGGACUCUGUGGACAAGUUACUGGAUCAGCUUGAACAGCAGUGCUCACAGUUGGACAAGAGCUUUGGCUCAGGACCCUUCCAGUGAGCACGGGACUAAUGAUGUGCACACAUCAAGGUUAAUGCUAUGGCAACUGCUAUGUUCUUAAGCACUUUUCGGAAGCUGAUAUGCUAAAGGGGGAGCAAUCUAGCAUGAAAAUCCUCUGAGUAUUUUUAUUCAGUUUUACUGUUCCCUUUAGGUCAGAAGAAUCACUAGUUGCCCAGACAGCCAUUUAUCAAACUGGACCAAAUUCUUUUGUUUGAGAUGUCAGGAGUAUAGAGGAGAUGCCAAUGUACUGGUCAUUAACAUUUCCAGCAACGUCCCUUUUGCCCUCCAUGAUAUGGGUAUAUAAACAUUUGUCUUUGAUGGAAUUGGAUGUGUUUGACAGUAAUGUUUUUAAAAUAGGAAACAUGAUACACAGCCUCACAGAUGACUGCACAGACUUGCCCUUUUUGUGUGAGAGGGCAGUUUAGUUGGGCAGUAAUAUGAGCAAUCAAUGUGCAAUUGUGUCCAAAACUCUGCUUGUCCAUGACAUUGCACACAGCAUUUCUGAACGUAGAAAGCAGUAUGAAGGGUGAUCUUUACUGUACCUGUCUAAAGAUUAUAGUUUUUAUAUAAAUGGACUUGUUUAGACAUCUAUGCCACAAAUAUCUCAAUACAUUAAUAAUCUAGCCAAAUAGGGAAAGUGUUCAUUUGUUGUCCAUUUGGUUGCACAUUUUGGCUCUCACUCCAUGUCCUUGAUGGUGUCAGUUUUGGUUUGCUGGAGCAUUCUUGUCACAUUCUGGAGCAUUCUCUUCACUUCAUUUAGCAGUGGUAAAAGAACAGCACAGACAAUGAAAUAGAAUGUCUACCUGACUUCAGUUGAGGUGUUCAAUAUUAUUGCACACAGUAAUGUAAGGACAUAAUUACAUUAUUACAAGGCAGCGCUGAAUUGAGCUUCCCUUUUUGUACAGGGAAGGUCUAGGUCUACUAGCUCUAAAAACAAGAUUCUGUCUAUUUUGUGUUGUCUGUUUUGUAUGCUGUGUGUGACAUUUUGCAUUCUAAAUGUACACUAAGCAAUAUCUGCAUUCUGACAGAUGGGCCCAUUACACCCUACAAUUUAUGCCUGUGUUACAAAUAAAAGGCAAAGCAAAAAUAUUCAAGAUGUGAAAUUGUCUUAGUGCUGUCAUAUUUUUUACCUUUUUGCUUGAAUAUAAAAGGUAGUCCUAU